UGCAGAGUUCUCCCUCAGCCCUAGCCAGCCUCAGUGUGUCUUUAUGGCCUACGCCAAUGUGACCUGCUACUGGACACCUGGACAAGGCUCUCCCUCAGACACACGCUUCACACUGCAGGUCAACAUGUAAGACACCAUCACGUGCUACAACAUCUACGGCACAAGUUAAUGGUUGUGAUUGUAUGAGGCCCCUUAGACAGAGGAAGAGGCAGUACUUGAAUACCAAUAAAUCCUUCAACGGUCAUGUGGUUUCCUUAUGUUUGAUGUGUUUGAUACCGUUCUAUUAAUUCCAUUCCAGCCAUUACAACAGGCCCAUCCUAUAGCUCCUCCCACCAGCCUCCUCUGUUCUAUUUCAAUGAGUACUCUACGCCUUGACGUCUCCAUGGCCACAGGCUGAAUGAGGAGAUUUAUAAUAUAAUUCAUAGAGUUUAAUAAUUAUAUUGAUGGCAAAGCUCCCAGCAUAAGUUGCCUAAUGCCUACCCAAAGCCAUUCUGGUGUAUCAACUUUAUCAUUGUGUUUCAUCAUGUGUGAAAAAUAUUUGAGUUUAUGGUUAUUUCCUUGGUUUGUACUUAAAAAUGACAUUGUAACAUGUUUAUUACACAGAUCUGUAAAAUAAGAUAUUGUCAAAGUUGGUGCUCAUUAAUCUUCAGGAAACAUCAUGUGAAACACCUGACUGCAGGGAUCUGAGGGUCGGAUUGGGUUGUUCUGAGGCUGAUACAAUGGAGAUUAAUUGUUCAGGAAACUAUUCAGGAAACAAACAAAAAAAAAGGUUGUUUGUGUGUGUGUGCGUGUAUGCCUGUGUGUGUUUGUGCCUGCAGAACCGGGUGCGAUGACCCUGUGAUCCAUCAGUCCCAACUGUGUCAGACUGUUACCCAGACCCACUGCUCUGUUAACGUGACCUAUCUGAGCCGCUGCUACUGCAUCAGGGUCCUGGCCGACAGCUCUCACACAACAGCCAGCUCACCCAGCCUCUGCCUCAAUGCCAUAGACGCAGGUAAUACACAGUGUCAUACAAUAGACUAUACAGAUUAAGGAUCUUAAUUUGAUCACCCUGUUGCAGGAUAAUAUAGGAAAUGUAAAAUGUGUAGUGUAUUUGAAGUUUAAAAAGGCUUCUGAAGUUUGUAAUUUCCACUGAUUGAUUUUCCCUUAUGAAAAAUGUAUCAACCCCUACAAAAAUGUCCAUUAAUUACAAACCACAUAAUAAUUCACAUUUCCUGUUGCUGCAGGAUUAUUUUCCUGCUAUAGCAAAAUGGCUCAAAUUAAGAUCCUACAUCUGUACGCACAUGUUUUACACACAUCUUACUUUACAUCUAACCCUUUGUCUUUCUCUCCCCCCAGUGAAGCUGCCCACCCCAGUCCUCUCCAAUGUGUCGGCAGUGAGAGGCAAACCUAGAUGCCUGAAGCUGCAGUGGACUACCAAUACCAGCUUCCCGGUGACCAGGAAACAUAUCUCCUCUGGUGCUCUGGUCUACCAGCUGCAGUACAGCACAGAGGAGCAGGUGUGUGGCCCACUGUCAUCUCCAAUCUAUCAGUUACUGAUGGACCAUAUAAUGUAUAAAGUGUGAUGUGUAUAAUAUACACUACCGUUCAAAAGUUUGGGGUCACUUAGAAAUGUCAUUGUUUUCGAAAGAAAAUCAAAUUUUUUGUCCAUUAAAAUAACAUCAAAUUGAUCAGAAAUACAGUGUAGACAUUGUUAAUGUUGUAAAUGGCUAUUGUAGCUGGAAACGGCUGAUUUAUCAGCAACCAUCAGUCCUGUGUUCCAAUGGCACGUUGUGUUUGCUAAUCCAAGUUGAUCAUUUUAAAAGCCUAAUUGAUCAUUAGAAAACCCCUUUGCAAUUAUGUUAGCACAGCUGAAAAGCUAAAACUGGCCUUCUUGAGACUAGUUGAGUAUCUGGAGCAUCAGCAAUUGUGGUUUCGAUUACAGGAUCAAAAUGGCCAGAAACAAAUAACUUUCUUCUGAAACUCGUCAGUCUAUUCUUGAUCUGAGAAAUGAAGGCUAUUCCAUGCGAGAAAUUGCCAAGAAACUGAACAUCUCGUACAACGCUGUGUACUACUCCCUUCACAGAACAGCGCAAACUGGCUCUAACCAGAAUAGAAUGAGGAGUCUCAACGUCAACAGUGAAGAGGCAACUCCGGGAUGCUGACCUAGGCAGAGUUGCAAAGAAAAAUAAUUUUGCCCAUCUAAAUCAUUUUUUUUUAUUGGCCAGUCUUUUUCGUUGCAACUCUGCCUAGGUCCGCAUCCCGGAGUCGCCUCUUCACUGUUGACGUUGAGACUGGUGUUUUGCGGGUACUAUUUAAUGAAGCUGCAAGUUGAGGACCUGUGAGGCGUCUGUUUCUCAAACUAUACACUCUAAUGUGUUUGUCCUCUUGCUCAGUUGUGCACCGGGGCCUCCCAGGGCCUCCCACUCCUCUUUCUAUUCUGGUUAGAGCCAGGGAGUAGUACACAGCGUUGUACGAGAUCUUCAGUUUCUUGGCAAUUUCUCGCAUGGAAUAGCCUUCAUUUCUCAGAACAAGAAUAGACUGACGAAUUUCAGAAGAAAGCUAUUUGUUUCUGGCCAUUUUGAUCCUGUAAUCGAACCCACAACUGCUGAUGCUCCAGAUACUCAACUAGUCUCAAGAAGGCCAGUUUUAUUGCUUCUUUAAUCAGCACAACGGUUUUCAGCUGUGCUAACAUAAUUGCAAAAGGGUUUUCUAAUGAUCAAUUAGCCUUUUAAAAUGAUCAACUUGGAUUAGCAAACACAACGUGCCAUUGGAACACAGGACUGAUGGUUGCUGAUAAUAGGCCUCUGUACGCCUAUGUAGAUAUUCCAUUAAAAAUCAGCCGUUUCCAGCUACAAUAGCCAUUUACAACAUUAACAAUGUCUACACUGUAUUUCUGAUCAAUUUGAUGUUAUUUUAAUGGACAAAAAAAUUGCUUUUCUUUCGAAAACAAGGACAUUUCUAAGUGACCCCAAACUUUUGAACGGUAGUUUAUGUACAGUACCAGUCAAAAGUUUGGACACAACUACUCAUUCAAGGGUUUUUCUUAGUUUUUACUAUUUUCUACAUUGUAGAAUAAUAGUGAAGACAUCAAAACUAUGAAAUAACACAUAUGGAAUCAUGUAGUAACCCAAAAAGUGUUAAACAAAUCAAAAUAUAUUUUAUAUUUGAGAUUCUUCAACUAGCCACCCUUUGCCUUGAUGACAGUUUUGCACACUCUUGGCAUUCUCUCAACCAGCUUCAUGAGGUAGUCAUCUGGAAUGCAUUUCAAUUAACAGGUGUGCCUUCUUAAAAGUUAAUUUGUUGAAUUUCUUUCCUUCUUAAUGCGUUUGAGCCAAUGAAUUGUGUUGUGACAAGGUAGGAGUGGUAUACAGAAGAUAGCCCUAUUUGGUAAAAGACCAAGUCCAUAUUAUGGCAAGAACAGCUCAAAUAAGCAAAGGGAAACGACAGUCCAUCAUUACUUUUAAGACAUGAAGGUCAUUCAAUACGGAACGUUUCAAGUGUAGUCACAAAAACCAUCAAGCGCUAUGAUGAAACUGGCUCUCAUGAGGACCGCCACAGGAAAGGAAGACCCAGAGUUACCUCUGCUGCAGAGGAUAAGUUCAUUAGAGUUAACUGCACCUCAGACUGCAGCCUAAAUAAAUGCUUCACAGAGUUCAAGUAACAGACACAUCUCAACAUCAACUGUUCAGAGGAGGCUGUGUGAAUCAGGCCUUCAUGGUCGAAUUGCUGCAAAGAAAUCACUACUAAAGGACACCAAUAAGAAGAAGAAACUUGCUUGGGCCAAGAAACAUGAGCAAUGGACAUUAGACUGGUGGAAAUCUGUCCUUUGGUCUGAUGAGUGCAAAUUUGAGAUUGUUGGUUCCAUCCGCCGUGUCUUUGUGAGACGCAAAGUAAGUGAACGGAUGAUCUCCGCAUGGGCGGUUCCCACCGUGAAGCAUGGAGGAGGAGGUGUGAUGGUGUGGGGGUGCUUUGCUGGUGACACUGUCUGUGAUUUAUUUCGAAUUCAAGGCACACUUAACCAGCAAUGCUACCACAGCAUUCUGCAGCGAUACACCAUCCCAUCUGGUUUGCGCUUAGUGGGACUAUCAUUUGUUUUUCAACAGGACAAUGACCCAAAACACACCUCCAGGCUGUGUAAGGGCUAUUUGACCAAGAAGGAGAGUGAUGGAGUGCUGCAUCAGAUGACCUGGCCUCCACAAUCACCCGACCCCAACCCAAUUGAGAUGGUUUGGGAUGAGUUGGACGGCAGAGUGAAGGAAAAGCAGCCAACAAUUGCUCAGCAAAUGUGGGAACUCCUUCAAGACUGUUGGAAAAGCAUUCCUCAUGAAGCUGGUUGAGAGAAUGCCAAGAGUGUGCAAAGCUGUCAUCAAGGCAAAGGGUGGCUACUUUGAAGAAUCUAAAAUAUAACAUAUAUUUUGAUUUGUUUAGCACUUUUUGGGGUACUACAUGAUUCCAUAUGUGUUAUUUCAUAGUUUGUAUGUCUGCACUAUUAUUCUACAAUGUAGAAAAUAGUAAAAAUAAAGAAAAACCCUUGAAUGAGUAGGUGUGUCCAAACUUUUGACUGGUGGUGUAUAUCUACAGCGGGUGUUGGUGUUAAGUUGUUGUCUGUUUUUUCCCUCCAUAUUGCCAUCAGCCUGAGCCCAAGACAGUGAAGGUGGACCUGAGACCUGAGAGAGAGCAGGGUCUCUUCUUCGCCUCCACGUGUCUCUUCUCCGCCUCCACUCUAUAUACAGUGAUGAUGCGUUACCGAUACAAUAGUACCCUCAGCCACUGGAGCGACUGGAGCCCAACACAACAGCAGUGUACAGAGGUGGCAGGUGAGAGAGAGAGAGAGAGAUGCAGCAUGGGUUCCAAUGCCCUACUCCUUUAGGAAAAAUAAAGCGAGGAGAGGGAGAACAUGUGACAUAACAAUGUUUUAUGUGCUUUCUAGUGGGAAAAGAAAAGCAGGGAUGUAGAGUAGAGCAUUCUAUUGUCAGCAUAGUGUCCUUUGUUCCUAGUACUAUAAAAUGGUCAAAUAACAAUGAUCUGGGAUAUCUUUUGUAUCUUUUAUCACAUCAAAAUCAGAAAUUGUUGAUAAACCCCAGUUCCUCCUAUUCCCCUCAUAUAGAUCUGUGUGGCUUUUCAAAUGACUCAUGUAGAAUCAUUCUGCUUGUUAAGCUAGAACAGAAGUUGAUUUCUAGCACAUAAAAAUGAAGGGAAGAGGAAAUUCAGCGACCCCCAAAGAGUUGCUGAAUUUCCUCUUCACUUCAGUUUUCUCAGCAAUUCAUGAUCAAUUCAUGACCCUGGUUGGAGAGUGAGGUAGCGGCAGUGUAGCUUUCCCUUAGCACAUGAAAGGGGCAAACUGUGGCUUUUAAAUUAAUGAUAUAUACCCAUCGAUUUUUGAAGAAUUUAACUUAUGCCUCAUGAGCUUAGUUCAACUGUCUAACCUCUUCAGAACCCAAAAUAUAAGCUUGUUUAACUCCUUAAACAAUAUAAUUGUAAACAAACACUGUAUAGCCUCAAAACAUGGUUGAAACUAUCAUUUUGAUAUCAUGAAUGGUCAGUCCUUGCAUCCAUAGCUCUUGUCUAUGAAUUUGAAAGUGGUUACAUUUCUCCAGCCCCAUCCCUCAGCUGUUUACAGAAAGCGGGGUGUCGUUUUGUUAUAGUUAAAACUGCAGAUUGCCCCUUUAAAAGUCACAUGCAAGGUGAAACUGAAAACCAAGCCAAGUUGGCCAUAGUGUGCUUCCUCCUUGACUGCACAGGCUAUUGGGAAAUGUAGUCUGGGCAGACCAUAAAUCUGUAUAUGUAUAUAAGAGCAGAAAUUGUCUGCUUAAAUUAACAUAUUAGUGUGCAUUAAUCUUUUAUACAUCACCUUACAUGUGUGGCAAGGUUUUUGAAUGGAUGUGGUUAGGAGUGUGAUACUAGUGUGGUUUGUGCUAUUUGGUUGUGUUCUCCCCUCUAGCACCCUCUACUGUCCCUCAGCUAUGGAGGACUGUUCAGCCUGUAGGUUGGGCAAACAUGAGACGAGUGACUCUGCUGUGGAAGGUAAGGUGGCACAGAGGAGGCUGGUGGGAGGAGCUAUAGGAGGACGGGGUCAUUGUAGUGGCUGGAAUGGAAUUCAUGGAAUUGUAUCAAACACAUAAAAUAUAUGGAAACCACAUGUUUGACUCACUUCCAUUUAUUCCAUUCCAGCCAUUACAAUGAGCCCAUCCUCUUAUAGUGCCUCCCACCAGCCUCCUCUGAGAUGGCACUAGGGCUAGUUAUUCUGCUCUGUCAGGUCCAUUCCAUUGUAAAGUGUCUAUAUGGGUAUUUUUCUAUAAACAUUCAGUUUGAGUUGUUGUUGUCCUUGUGUGUCUUGCAGUCCCCACCCAGGAGUCAGGUGAAAUGCUCAGUCCCGUGGUUUAACGUGUCCUGCUGUACUGAGGGUUCCCAGAAUGCACUGCAUACAUGGGACUGCAAUGCCCUGAGUGUGUCCGACACUUCCUGUCAUCUGACCCUUCCCCCUGAGCGCUGCUCCUGCACACUGAGCAUGUCCAACCCUGCCGGCACCUCUCCUCCAGCUACCAUCACAAUCCCCAGCACCACAGACACAGGUACACAGACUUGGACUAUAUUUGACCAUUGACGUCAAUACCAUUGCAACAUAUUAAGAUGAUAGCAUUGUGUGGCAGUGUAUAUAUUGAUAUUAAUUUGAACAAAUACCCAGAAACUCUUGCAUAAUUUUAGUUGUAUUGUGUCCAAUGCGUAUCCUCUGUAAAAUGAUAGAGUAUGUCUUACUGAUGGUAUGAUCUCCCAGCACCCAAGGCCCUGGUGGAUGUCAGUGUCACAGCAUUGGAUGAUUCCAGACUGGAGGUGCGAUGGACAGCUCUAGAGUCCCCAUCACUAAGCAGCUUCCUGGUGGAGUGGUGGGCUUUAUCUGAGAGAGCUAACUAUACUCCAUACUGGCAAAGACUGAGCCACAAUGCAAGCAAAAUUAUCAUCAAAGGUAAAUGGGUUGAUUCUAUGCAUCAUUCAGAUAGUUAAUUGUCAUGCCUAUGACUAGGGUACAGCGUUUUCACUGAUCAGGUCACAUGUCACAGGGCCCUCCUACUGUAUGUGUGCCGGGGGAUGUUCUAGUGAUUGUCCUGCCGCCCCCGCCCCCGCCCCCGCCCCUGCCCCCGCCCCGACCAGAUAUGCCCCUGGUGUCACGACUUCCUCCGAGGCUGCCACCUCUCCUUGUUCGGGCAAGCUUCGGCGUUCGUCGUCACCGGCCUUCUAGCCACUGCCGCUCCUCAUCUCAUCAUUCCAUUUGUUUUGUCUUGUUUAUUACACACACCUGGUUCAUAUCCCCUCAUCAGUACCUGUAUAAGUGUUCCCUCUGCCCCCUUGUCUUUGUGUGUGAUUGUUUAUUGUGAGGAUUGUGAAGCUCGGUGGAGCUCCUUGUAUUUUGUAUCGCCGGGUUAUUUUCCCCGUGUUGCCUUGUUUGUUCCAGUGCGCCUGUUUUGCGCACUGGACUGUUUUGACGCUUUACUGUGUACUCUGUAUUCCGGAAUAAAUCCUGUUAUUCUGUGAUUUACCCUCCUGCGCCUGACUCCUUCAAAUCACCCAUCACACCUGGAGGCAGCGGUUCUGUCCCCCCUAUGUAUUUCCCCAUCUCAUAUUCUAACCUAUACCUGUCAAAAUAACUUCCAAAUACUCUGCAAAAUAUGGCCAAAAGACUAAGGGGAUAAUAUCCACCACUUAGUAAAUGGAAAAUGACGGAACAUUUAUUGUGGGGCUUACUUUUCCCCAUCAAGGCACUCUUGAAGAAAGACGGAGAGAUGAACUUGAUGAUCCUUUUGCACCUUAAUGAAGUGCAAAAUGGGAAAAGUAAGCCCAACAAUUAUUUGUUCUACAUUAUACAGUUUGUUUUUCUGCCAGUCAUAGACUACCCUUUUCAAAGAGCACCUUUUACCAAGUCUUCAUGGCCUUGUAGUCUUUACCAGUGGAGGAUGCCGAGGGGAAGAUGGCUCAUAAUAAUGGCUGGAAUGGAGUCAAUGGAGUGGUAUCAACCACAUGGAAACCACGUCUUUGAUGUGUUUGAUACCAUUCCAUUGACAAAUUCCAGCCAUUAUUACGACCCGUCCUCCCCUCAGCAGCCUCCAAUGGUCUUUACCCAUUCGAGUGCAGCAGCAUAUCGUUUUUUCUUCCCAAAAAAUAUAUACUGAACAAAAAUAUAAACGCAACAUGUAAAGUGUUGGUCCCAUGUUUCAUGAGCUAAAAUAAAAGAUCCAGAAAUGUUCCAUAUGCACAAAAAGCGUAUUUCUGUCAAGUUGUGUGCAAAAAUGUGUUUACAUCCCUGUUAUUGAGCAUUUCUCCAUUGCCAAGGUAAUUCAUCCACCUGACAGGUGUGGCAUAUGAAGAAACUGAUUAAACAGCAUGGUCAUUACACAGGUGCACCUUGUGCUGGGGACAAUAAAAGGCCACUCUAAAAUGUGCAGUUUUGUCAUACAACACAAUGCCUUAGACGUCUCAAGUUGAGGGAGCGUGCAAUUGGCAUGCUAACUGCAGGAAUGUCCACCAGAACUGUUGCCAGAGAAUUGAAUGUUCAUUUCUCUACCAUAAGCCGCCUCCAACGUCGUUUUAGAGAAUUUGGCAGUAUGUCCAUCCGGCCUCAUAUCCGCAGACCACGUGUAACCACGCCAGUCCAGACCUCCACAUCCAGCUUAUUCACCUGUGGAAUCGUCUGAGACCAGCCAGUCGGACAGCUGAUGAAAAUGUGGGUUUGCACAACCGAAGAAUUUCUGCACACUGUCAGAAACCAUCUCAGGGAAGCUCAUCUGCGUGCUUGUCAUCCUCACCAGGGUCUUGACCUGACUGUAGUUCGGCGUCGUAACCGACGUCAGUGGGCAAAUGCUCAUAUUCGAUGGCCAAUGGCACGCUGGUGAAGUGUGUUCUUCACGGAUGAAUCCCGGUUUCAACUGUACCGGGCAGAUGGCAGACAGCGUGUAUGGCAUCGUGUGGGUGAGCAGUUUGCUGAUGUCAACGUUGUGAACAGAGUGACCCAUGGUGGCGGUGGGGUUAUGGUAUGGGCAGGCAUAAGCUACGGACAAUGAACACAAUUGCAUUUUAUCGAUUGGCAAUUUGAAUACACAGAGAUACCGUGACGAGAUCCUGAGGCCCAUUGUCGUGCCAUUCAUCCGCCGCCAUCACCUCAUGUUUCAGCAUGAUAAUGCACGGCCCCAUGACGCAAUGAUCUAUCUGUACACAAUUCCUGGAAGCUGAAAAUGUCCCAGUUCUUCCAUGGCCUGCAUACUCACCAGACAUUUUUACAGUAUAUGUUGUAUCUACAAAGACUUGACAGACAAGUAUGUGCUGUUGCAUGGGAUUACAUUCUUAAGAUGGGUGUGAGUAAUGUGCGACCAUAUACCCAUUGUUGUCAGAGGGCGUGUGGCCAAAACUGUGCUACAGGGUGACUGUCAGGCCUGAGUAUGAUGCAGAGACUGGGGAGGAGCUGUCAGUACAAGCCUACACCAGGCAAGAAGGUAAAACACACACAACAACAACCUACUCUAUAUCCUAGGCUUUAGCUCAUUCAUUGAUUUGUCAAUAGCUGCCACCAUAAUACAUGACCUUUUAUGUGGAUGUAUUGUACACCUUUAUACUCACACUUUUACACUGACUCUUCAGCCCCCUCUGCUGGCCCCAAGCCAGUGGUGCAGGAGCUGAGCAGCAGUGCUGUUGUCCUGCAGUGGGAGCCUGUUCCUCUGGAGCAGAGGCAUGGCUUCAUCCGCUACUACACCCUCUACAUCCAGAGUGAAGAGGAAACUCCAGAGGUUGUUGUGGUGCCAGGAGACAGGCUGAGGUACCAGUUGAGUGGUUUGUCUGGACUGUACAGGAUCCACAUGGUGGCUCACACUGAUGCAGGAGGGAGUCCUCCUGGUCCAAUGCUCGAUGUGGCUGUAGGUGAGGACUAAGACAGGCUGAGAUGUUGGAACUGUUCUAUUGACUUACCUCCAUUGGAGUGGACAGUUGUGCAUUAAUUUGUGUGUGUACGUGUGUGUGUGUUCCAAUCUAGGGGGCAUUGGUUUGGCGGACACCAUCCUGUGGUGUUCCAUUCCUACUGUGCUCACCAUCCUGAUACUGCUGAACUGCCUACAGUGGAGACAGAGGUGA